AUGGACGGCAUUGCGCUGAGGGACGAGGCGGUGCGCGACCGCAUCAGAGCCGCCGAAGAGUUCUUGGAUCCCAAUGAUCCUCGCGCAAGAACCUACCGCGCCGAUGUCAUUCUCAUGUUGAACCGCGGCCUGAGAAGGCUAAUCGUUAGCUUGGAUGAGAUAAGGGCACACAACAGAGAGAUGGCCGAUGGUCUCCUCAACCAGCCGUUCGACUGGACCUUCGCAUUUGACAACGCUUUGAAAAACAUUGUCGCCGCCUUACCCAACCGCCCUUCUAAAGAAACCGCCGACGAUGUGAUUUACUACUGCGCAUUCGUCGGAAGCUUUGGCGAGUUUUCCUGCAACCCCCGUACCAUCAGCUCUCAGCACCUCAACCACAUGGUCUCCCUCGAGGGUAUUGUCACAAAGUGCUCGCUUGUGCGCCCCAAAGUCGUCAAGUCGGUGCACUGGAACGAGGCCAAGUCGGUCUUCCAGUUCAGAGAAUACAGGGACCAGACCAUGACCAUGGGUGCUGCGAGCUCUUCCGUCUACCCCACCGAAGAUGAUGACGGCAACCCCUUGGUCACCGAGUACGGCUACAGCACAUACCGCGACCAUCAGACCAUCUCCAUCCAAGAAAUGCCUGAGCGCGCUCCUGCAGGCCAGCUGCCUCGUGGUGUUGACGUCAUUCUGGACGACGACCUGGUCGAUCGUGUCAAGCCCGGUGACAGGAUCCAGCUCGUUGGUGUCUACAGAUCUCUCGGAAACCGCAACGCUCAGAAUGCCAGCUCUACCUUCCGCACUCUCAUCCUCGCGAAUAACAUCAUCCUCCUUUCCUCCAAGUCGGGCGGUGGCAUUGCCCAAGCCACCAUCACCGACACCGAUAUCCGCAACAUCAACAAAAUCUCCAAACACAGGAAGGUCUUCGACCUCCUCUCGCAGUCUCUGGCACCCAGCAUUCACGGACACGACUACAUCAAGAAGGCGAUCCUGCUCAUGCUCCUGGGAGGUAUGGAGAAGAACCUGGACAACGGUACACAUCUGAGAGGAGACAUCAACAUCCUCAUGGUCGGUGAUCCCUCGACCGCCAAGUCGCAGCUCCUGCGCUUCGUGCUGAACACGGCGCCCUUGGCAAUCGCCACCACUGGUAGGGGUUCAUCCGGUGUCGGUUUGACGGCUGCAGUCACCCAGGACAAAGAAACGGGCGAGCGUCGUCUAGAGGCCGGUGCCAUGGUUCUUGGUGAUCGCGGUGUCGUGUGUAUCGACGAGUUUGACAAGAUGAGCGAUGUCGAUCGCGUUGCAAUCCACGAAGUCAUGGAACAGCAGACCGUCACAAUCGCCAAGGCCGGCAUUCACACUUCUCUGAACGCUCGCUGCAGUGUCAUUGCUGCAGCCAACCCGAUUUACGGACAGUACGACACGCACAAGGACCCCCACAGGAACAUUGCCCUUCCCGACUCUCUCCUUUCCCGUUUCGAUUUGCUCUUUGUCGUUACCGACGACAUUGAGGAUGUCCGGGACCGUCAAGUCUCGGAGCACGUUUUGCGUAUGCACCGCUACAGGCAGCCUGGUACCGAGGAGGGUGCACCUGUCCGCGAGCAGGGCAACCAGAUGCUCGGCGUCGGCCUUGACGAGGAUGCGGAUGCUAACCGCCCGACUGAGGUGUACGAAAAGUUCAACAUCAUGCUCCACGCAGGCGUCAAUGUGACCGUCGGCAGGGGCUCUGCUCGGCGCACUGAAGUCUUGAGCAUACCCUUCGUCAAGAAAUACAUCCAGUACGCAAAGUCUCGUGUCAAGCCUGUCUUGACUGCAGGCGCCGCCAACCACAUUGUCACCACCUACUCUGCACUCCGUAACGAUGAGAUGGAGAGCAACCAGCGCAAGACCUCCCCCAUGACUGCCCGUACCCUCGAAACCCUCAUCCGUCUCGCCACCGCCCACGCCAAGGCAAGGUUGUCAAACCGUGUCGAGCAGAAAGACGCCGAGGUAGCCGAGGCCAUCUUACGCUUUGCUCUAUUCAAAGAAGUCGUCGCAGACGAGAGGAGAAAGAGGAGGAAGGUCAGCCGGGCCGACGACGCCAUGUCAACCGAUUCGUCCGACUCAGACGACGACGACAACACGCAGCAAACGCGAGAAGUCCUCACGCCCCGCAACCAGCGGACAGCCGGCCCCUCCACCCGCAGCACCCGCGUCUCCACCGCCAACGGCACCAACGGCAGCACCACCACCACCACCGCCGCCGCCCCGCAGCACGACGCCGAAGACGAAGAAGACCUCUACACCGCCACCCCCCGCGGCACCCGCAGCACCCGCCGCCAAAACGCCGCCGCCGCCGCCUCCUCCUCGCAAAUGUCCAUGGCCUCCUCGCAGCCCGCCUCCCAACUCCUCGGCACCACCCAGUCGGAGAGCCAGCCGCAGGAAGAAAACUCCCAAGGCGCCGCGACGCCGACGCCGACGCCCCAGCGCAUCCAAGCCUUCCAGACGGCCCUCGGCCAGCUCAUCGACGGGCCCCUCUUCGCCAACGACGCCGCCGACGUCGAGCCGCUGGUCGCGGCCGUCAACGCGCGUCUCGAGCGCGGCCGCGAGCCCGCCUUUGGCCUCGCCGAGGCAGAGGCCGCGCUCGAGGCGCUGAGCGAGCGCAACAAGGUCAUGUUUUCGGGGGGGAUCGUGUAUAAGAUUUAG